GCUUUAUUAAGUUUCUAAGCCAUUCUUAAUUUCCCUUGAAAAAUCACAGAAAUGGCUGGUCAAGACAACUCAUUUUCAGGCCAAGCUCAGCUGAGAAGAGAUAGCCCGCAAGAUCAAGGUGAGAACCAGAAUUUCCUUCAAGAGACUGGAACACAAGCCAAGAACAUGGCGCAAGGCGCGGCUGAUGUGGGCAAAGGAGCCGUGCUCGGGGCAGCCAGCCUUGCCCGUGGCGUGGCCACAGGUGCUGCCAAUGCGGCAACGGGGGCAGCUGAUGCUAUCAGGAACACCUUCGCGGGCGCCCCUGAAAGCCAUCACUACAGCAAUGCUAGCUCGGACGCCCCUGAAAGCCAUCACUACAGCAAUGCUAGCUCGGACGCCUCGACUCAUCCACACAACCCUAACUAAACCCAUCUGCACUUUUUAGAUGCAAUAUUUUUUAAUUUAGUUUAAAAUAAAUUCUUUGGUGCAUACCGAAGGUGGCUAGUGAUUGAAAAAUAAUUUAGGAUUUUAUUUGAUUUGUAGGAUGGCGAUGAUUUGAUAUCGUUCCCCUCAUUCUAUUUCAGUGAUCAUAAUAAAUAAAUAAUACUAUUAUUACCCUAAAA